GUGAAUUUAUUUGGGUGCUUUUAAAGUGAACGAUUAUGUGCGUUAAGAAUGUGAUGAUUGAUUUGAAUCGUGUUUAAAAUUAACUUGCUCGAAAACGCGUAUUCACGAUAAUUCAUGCUUAAAAAACAUAUAUUUAACGAUUUAACAAAAACUACUAUGACUAUCCAAAAUAUUGAUUGUUUUAAUCGUGACACAACUGAACAACAAAAAGUGAUGCAUUCACCACAACAAUCGAGUGAACGGGUUCCGGUUGGUUCGUCGGAUCAACAGAAAAUUAAUAAAAAUAGUCAUCAUAUUAGUAAUUUUAGUGUUGCCUCAUUAUUAGCGGAUACACGGCCACCACGACCGACAACAAUAACAUCCUCGGAAUCAUCGACACAACAAACGUUACAUUCAUCGUCGGAUGAUGAAUAUGAUUCGAAUCCGGAAGAGGAUUCAAUUGUUGAUGUUGAGGAUUUAAAUGAUGAGGAUGAGGAAGCAGCGGCUGUUCGGAAUGGUUCAACGGCGGAUGAUGAAGAAGAAGCGGCAGCGCUUAAAGAACAUCAACGUGAAUUAUUUUUAGCUCGUGAGCGUGCUUUUGAAAGAGACAGUUUAAUGGCACAAGGUCCUAUACGACCGACACCAUUUAGCGCGCUAGCUGCAGCUGUUUAUCAGGCAGCACAUCCACAAUGGGCGGCGGCGCAAGGUUUAGUUGGGCCGUUUGGUGGACCUGGUCCAAUAUUUGGGCAAGGGCAUGGAGCAUUCGGAAUGCCUGGAUUAACAACAGAUUCAAAUGGUGAACCACCAAAAUUAAAAUGUAAUUUACGAAAACAUAAACCAAAUAGAAAACCUCGUACACCGUUUACAACACAACAGUUAUUAGCAUUGGAGAAGAAAUUUCGUGAUAAACAAUAUUUGAGUAUUGCUGAACGUGCAGAAUUUAGUAGUUCACUACGAUUAACGGAAACGCAGGUGAAAAUAUGGUUCCAAAAUCGUCGUGCAAAAGCAAAACGCUUACAAGAAGCAGAAAUUGAAAAAUUAAAGAUGGCAUCACUAUCACGUCAUCCACAUCACCCACUAUACCCACAUCCAGCACUACAACAGUAUUUCCCCGGUGCACAUCCGUUAGCGGGCUUACUUGGUAGACAUCAUUUGGGUGCACCAUUAGGUUUAUUAGGACCACCACCACCACCGCCUCCACAAGCGGUACCACCUCCACCGCCCCCUUCUCAACAACAACCACCUUCAUCAAACGGUGGUGGUAAUAGUAGUAGUAAUAAUAAUAGCGGAGGCGUGACGUCAUCACCAACAAUAAAUCAUCACCAGCAACAAUCAUCACCCUCGUCUAGUCCACAUCAUGGGAUGUCUUCGUAGAAGUAAAGAAAGUAAAUAGAAAUAAUUUUUAUUUAGGUAAAAACAUUUUUUAUUUACAAUUAGUGGUGUCAAAAUAGCCUUAUUUGUGCCGAUUCUGUUAUAGGUCGACAAAUUGACUUUUUAAAAAAAAUAUAUUU